AAAUCCGACAAGUUGGAUACCUAGGCGAGGAUACGAUGUCUGCGGCGCGAGCCGCGUGCCCCCCCUGCUGCUGCUGCGUCCUCCGCGCCGUCGCGUCCGCCGACUCCUUCCCCUCGUCGCACCGCCUCCAGCUCUCGUCGUCGCACCGGUUUAGUAGUAGUGGUAUCGGUAAUCCUGCUAGUAGUAGUAGUUCUAAUUGCCUCUGACGUUUGCCUCCCCCUCGUCGCCCACGACCUUCGGUUCGAUCUCGCCCCUGCGCUCGUCCUGAGGCUUGUCCGGUUGUGAGGGUCUGUUGCUUGUUGGUCUCGGGGUUUCGUGUCUCUGCGAGUCUGGUUCCUGGUUUUGACCGGUGUGUUGGAGCCUGUGGUUGCUGCUUCUCCGACGAAAGAGGGAGUUCUCUUCUGAACUUGGGGUUAAGGUUGUGGAUGGGCGGACCUUUGGUAGGCUUCAGUGCCGAAGGUGUGAGCAGCAGCUCAUGUCUCUGCCCCAGCACCUGUGAAAAGGCAGGUUUUCAGCACAGCUCUUGUGCUCGCCCUGAAGAUGAGAAUUUUGAGGGUACAAUAGCACAUGCGCAAGAUGACUUCGUUGUCGAGGAAAUUGGACUGGCUCUUGCUGAAGUGAUGCAGGUCUAUGAUGGCAAUGAUGAAGGGAAAGAUCUGAGCGAAGACUCUGAUGAAAAUGAGGAUUCACUUUCUGUUGAAUCAGAUUCAACUGAUGGCUUGGUGGAUGUUGACACUCAACUGGUCACAUCGUCAGCCUCCCUUGCUGACAAUGCAUCUGAAUCUUCAAUUGGAAAAUUAGAGGAUGGAGAUUCUGUAUCAAAGGUGACCCCAGUGCUGGUUUCUGCAAUGAAAGGAAGCCGAGCGAAGCGGGGUAUUGUCACAAACUUGAGUGUUUCAUGGGCCCCUGAUGUAUAUGAUCCUCCUGUUACUUCUGACUCACACACCGUGAGGCCUCACCAUAGAAGUUCGAGGAAGAGCAACUACAAGUACAAGCCUCCAAAGGGAAGCAGCAGCAGCCGCAGUAGCAGUGGCAGUAAAAAGGACAAGAAGCAUUCUCACCACAGUAGCAACAGCAAAAGAGAUAAGAAAUCAUCUUACCGCAGUACCAGCGGCAGCAGUAGAACUGACACUAGUGAUCCGCAACAUCUCAAGGCAUACGACAAUAGCAUUAGCAGCAGAACUGACACAAGUGAUCCUCAACAUUGUCAGGCACAUGCCAGCAGUAUCAACAGCAUUGAGAAUACAGUUCCUGAGUAUCAUAAAUUGUCUCUAUGGCUGCCACCAGAUAGUGUCAAAAAGGAAGAGGCCGUAUCUCCGGCACCUGUACUGAAGAGCAUUGAACCAAUCAAGCGUAGCGCUAGCAGCUGCAAGGAGGCGCCCUUGAGCAUGCUAUCGCGUCAAUUUGUGGCUGCCAAGUACAAGGGGAUGUUCUCCUUUUGGGGUCAGAACCAACUAGCUUCUUAAGUAUAUGCGAGUCCUCAUGGGUGCUACUCAUAGGCUGCUUCCUGGUAUCAGGCUACCAACAAAGCCUUACUUUGCUUAUGUUUCAGUAUGUGAACUUCUGAGUUGGUAUCUCAUUCUUUGUUGAACGGUUUGCUCCACAUUCGUUUCAGCAACAGUGAUCGUUGUUAUAAAAAUUGUCAGUUGAAGUAUGUACGCCCUUGUGUUUAUUUUGUGUAAUCAGCACGAUGUCUAUUUUGCUGUCUGUUUGAGUUUUAUAUUGAAGCUGAAUUUGUUUGGCUUCGUUACAAA